UAUCUGACGUCAUUUCCAUAGCUGCCAUAUUGAGUACGAAGUCUUGUGAAGUACGUUGAUUAGAAGUAAAAUGGAGCCGUCGGCUGAGGUUAGGAGCUCUACCGUAUCCUCAGAUUCUUCCCAAGAGAGUGGACAGACACUGAUGCAGAUUGAAGAGGCUAAAUUAAAAGCCAAAUAUCCAAACAUGAAAGCAGGAAGAGGAGGGGCCUCAGCUCUGUUACAAAAAAGAUUACACAAAGCGAAAUACUUUGACUCUGGAGAUUAUAAUAUGGCCAAGGCCAUAGUGAAUAAGAAGAAAGUCCUUGCCCCCCAACAAGCAGAGGAAACUAAACAGGCACUACUUCAGGAAGUUACUGGUGAUGAGAUUCCAACACCUGAUUCUGUCCCACACAGGAAGUCAUCCUUGGUGCAAAGUAAACUGGUAUCAACAUCAUGAGAAACAGCACUGAAUAUUUGGAACAUUUGUCAAUGCAGAGGCUGUGACAAUACAUUGCUGAUUACAAAUACACUGUCAACCUGUAUGUUUGAAAGCUUGUGUCAGUAAUAGAACAGCUUGCAGAGAACACCAAUAUAGAUGGAUGUGUUGUUACAUGGAAGACAUAAAAGAUGUUGACACAUAACUGGUUUUUACAUUUGUAUGUUACUUUUUCUUUCUCAUUCUGAACAGUACAUAUUGGAGAUUAUUUUGCAUUUUCAAAUAUGUGAAUGUUUACAAUUUACACAAUCUUCUUUAUUUGCUGCUUAUUUAGCAUUCUUCAUGAAUGACAUUGUAAGUAGUGGUCACAGAUGAUUACUUCACAGAUGGUACUUCACAAAGGAAAGAAUGUGUACCUUAGAAUAUAAUUUUUGUUGCAAUCCUUUAGAUGCCAAAGUAGUUUCACCAAUAAUAUCAUGUUGUAUAUCAUCCAUAUGUGCCCUUGUAUUAAUGUUCUUCCUAUGAGCAAGAAGUUAAAUAUCAACAUAUGAAAAAGUUCGGGCCUCAUUUGCAAGGAAAAAAAUCUUUAAAGGGCUGAGUGAAUGUUUAGGUCACAUUAAACUUCAAGUUGUUAUUUUUUGUAUUUUUUGAACCAAGGAUGAACAUUGUAAACAGUGUUUUAGGCAUUCUAUGAUGGGUCUAAUAUUGUAACAAUGAAGUAACAGGUCUGCAGACCACAAAAUAGUAAUGUUUCCCAUUAAGACUAAUGUAAAUGAAGGAUGUAGAUCAAAGGAUAGUUAAUGUUAUAGCCAAAGUUACAAAAUACAGUGCUGUUUUUAAAGUAUUUUCAUCCAAAAUUGCUAGUUGUUGAUAUGUCUCUUUAUAAGGGACGUCAUUUACCUGUUAUGAGAUCUUGUUCUAAGUUGCUGUAAGAUACAGAUAUUAAGCAAUAGAUAAAUUAGGAAUGCAUCUUGUCUAUGAAAGAGGCUGGGCCAAAUUUUCUAGAGACAAAGGCCCUUUUCACAUCAAGCUAUAUACUUAAUUGAUCCAGUCUGGACUGGUCCACUUUGGGGGG